AUGGAGUUCCUCGUACCGCUCCACGCGGCCGAUCUGGAGCUGGCCAAGGCAGGACGCUACCACGUGCAGUCGGUACAUGCGCUGGAGGACGAGACGGAAGCGGAGAUUGCAGCGCACCUGCAGCAACUGGAAGACCAUGUGCUGGGCAGCGAGGCAGGACUGGAGCUGCUGCAGGAGGACUGGCUGGACUUGACGUACAGCUUUGUGAAGAAGCUCCCGACGUUGUCCGACACACUGCGCAUGCACGUGAUUGAGAUGCUGGCGUCUUUUGUAAGCAGCGUGACGGAGAACGUGCUGGCGAGACGCCCGGGCAACGAGGACGCCGAGGACGUGGCGGCGAUCCGCAGUGCUUUUAAAGCCAGCGUGUACUUUCUCGUUACAGCGCUCACGAGUGUCUGCAGCAGUUUGAAGCUGCAGCUGGAAAAGGACGUGCUAAAGACAAAGGGGAAGAAGAACCAGACGUCUGCAAUGAAUCGCAUUAACUGGAGCAAAGUGGUGGAAGGAGCGAUUCACAAGCUCAGUCGCUCCAUCAGUCCCGCUACAUUUGGCAUGUGGAACAUGAACGUGCCAGAAGAGGAGUUUUCAAUGCUCUACUGCAAAGUCGUCUUUGAGCUGCUGGGCAAUGCAACGCUCUGCCGCGGAAAGUCGCUGAAGCCAAAGCUUUAUCAUCUGCUCGCGAUGAGUCUGCAAAAAGUGCCUGCGAUCCACGUGUCGGUCGUAGCCUCGCUUAUCGACCUCAUCUACGCACAUGAGCACCUGAGCGCUCCCAUUGCAGAACUGGUCGAGCUGCUGUAUUUCAAGUACGCCAACACCACGUUUGCAUCGAAUCUCAUCAGCGAGAUCGGGAAAAUCUCUUCUCGGGACGCCUCGAAAGACGUAGCUGGGACGCGGAAUAUCGCCAUGUUUCUUUCCAGUCUGUCAACUCUCACCCCGGCAUUGAUUACGGGCAACCUGAGUUUCGUGUUGGCAUUGUUAGACUGUGAAGCGUAUCAGCUACGGAACGCUGCUGUUACGUGCGUCGCACAGAUCUUACUCUGGAAUUUUCGCCAAAGCGGACAGCAAGAGCCCGAUGAUGAUGAUGCGGCAGCCGCUGAUGUGAAGAACAAACAUGGUCCUGACAGUGAAGAAAGCAGUGACGGGGAAGGAGACGGCAGCAGCAGUGAAUCAAACGGCGAAACGUGUACUGGAAACGCCAACACCGAAGCUCCGCGCACGUUCUCUCGUUCAACGAGAGACCAGUUACUCAGUGUGCUUGAAGAUCGCAUUCAUGACAUCAAUUCUUUUGCACGCGGGCAUGUAUUGAAGAUGUGGGCUCUUUUGUGUGAAGAAGGAGCGCUGCCGCUACAUAUGCUCAAGAACGUCACGUUGAUGGCUGUGGGGCGCUUGCAGGACAAGGCAGUGGUUGUCCGCCGUCAUAGCAUCCACCUGCUCACGUUGUUGCUGGAAAGAAACCCGUUUAUGGGUAACCUAGAUCGUCAAUUUUACGCGAAUAAGCACGAUGCCUUGACGGUAGAGAUGAAGAAGAAACGGGACGAAGUGAUCGCGGGCGCGGAGAAAGAAAUGAGUGAAGCUAUGGGUGAAGUUGCCAUCCAAAGCGGAGAUCCGGAGUCACCUUCGUUGGCUAUCGCUUCAGAUGAAAAAGCUGCUGCUCUUGAAAAGGACCUGCAAAAGACCGUGCGUUUGUUAAAGUACUACCAAGACGCAAUCAGCUUUAUUGAUGAGUUUGAGCUGCAAGCGUUGCCACUGAUGAGCCAAUUGCUGGGGAGCAAGUCUACCUCCGAUGUACUGGAGGCUAUCCAGUUUUUUGAGAAAGCGUACCGGUUCCAUCUUACCGCUGCCCAGGCCGGUAUCAGAAAAGUGUUGCCACUGAUAUGGCGGUCCGACUUAUCCAUUCAAGAUCAGUUGUCCAGCACAUUCGUGGCUCUGUUCGUUCGCAUAGAUGAGGAGGAUCCUGAGCGAGAUUCACCGCAGCUGGUGGCAGAAAAUCUUGUGAAGUUCCUGGACAAGUGUACUGUCGCUGAUUACACGUGUCUCGAGCGCAUCAUGGGGGAGCUACACCGCAGCCAGAAGCUACCAAUGGUGGUCAUCAGCUCUCUUUGGGAACUCGUGGAUGUAGUCGUGUAUCCAGUUUCCGUUGUGAGCAACGCGUUGGCCCUUCUUAGUAUGAUUGCGAAUAUCAAUGAUUCGAUGUUGUUUUCCAACGAUCGCCUCAGCCAAGUUCUUUCGAUGGGAUUUGGUGACGUUGCGUGCAACCCUGACUCACGAUAUCGAGUUUUUGGAGCCGCGUGUCGGUUGGUGCAAUGCGUUCAGCUGGAGCCGAAAGGCUCAGCCUCGAAAUCCAGCAGUCAAACCCUAGGGCGCAUACACCGCACGAAUCUAGACGCAACGGAGCAGAUCAUUCUUCGCUUGCAGCGAUUCCUUGCUCUAGAUUUUGUGAAUGACGAUGGCAUCGAUACGGAGUGUCUACAUUCCACGUGGUUUGACACGGUGCAGCAAGCAAUCGACGCCAUCUUUUCUAUCUGCGAGCGCCCGGAGGACGUGUGCGGUGACGUGAUCAAACAUCUUUCGCUACGUCUCUUCGAAAGCGAAACAAACGAUGUGUCGCGUGUAGAGCUAGCUCACUUCUUCUUCGUGUUGGGUCACUCAGCAGUGAAAGUUGCUAUUCACGUGGAAAAGCUAGCUGCAAAGGUAAAAGACAUGCGUGGCAAUCGGAAUGUGCCGAAAAAACACGCUGACAAUACCGUGUCAAAUGGCGACGCCGAAGAUGUGACUGCGAUGGAGGAUGAACUUGGUGUGGCUGCUGAGGUUGAGGCUGAGGAAGAUACUUUUGUGAACAACAUCAUUCAAAAAGAGAUUGCUUGCCGCAACUUGCUUGGAAUCUAUGGACCAUUGAUUAUCCGUGUACUUGUGGGAACCGAGGACGAAUUUAAGAGCGACGAACUCCUGACGGAAUGUGCGGUGGUAGCGCUGAGCAAAUUUAUGGCGGUAUCGGAGGAGUUUUGCGAGAAGCACUUGCAGUUGCUGUUCACGAUCCUCCAGGAUUCUUCACAACCUUCCGUGCGAGGUGAUGUGAUCAUCGCGUUAGGGGACCUCUCCUUUCGAUUUCCGAACUUGGUGGAGCCUUGGACACCCCACCUUUACAAUCGACUCCGUGACGUCAACCUCAAUGUCCGCAAAAAUACAAUAGUGGUACUCUCUCACCUGAUUCUGAACGACAUGAUCAAGGUAAAAGGCCAGAUAAGCGAAAUUGCCAUCUCACUUGUGGACAAAAACGACGGCAUCCGCAACCUUGCCAAGCUGUUCUUCUACGAGCUAUCAAAGAAAGGCACGAACCCUAUUUACAACAUGCUGCCCGACGCCAUUGGCCAGCUGUCUACAAGCGAGCUUGUAUCCAAUGCCGACUUCCAGACGAUUGCGCGGUUCCUCAUUCAGUUCAUUUUGAAAGAAAAGCAGAUCGAGAGUAUUGUUGAGAAGCUGGCUCAGCGAUUUUCAACGGCCUCCAAGGUGCAGCAGCAGCGUGACCUGGCUUUUUGUUUGGCACGCUUGCCGCACACGGAGAAGUCGCUCAAGUAUCUGUAUCAGAAUCGCAAACUGUACAGUGAUGCGCUCCACGAUAGUGUGGUUGCUGACAACUUUACGUCCCUGGUCGCAAAAGCUCGGCGAGGAACCAGUGCGCUUACAGCAACGGCUGAGAUGAAAGAAGCCAUGGACAAGCUGGAUCAGUUUGUCGCUGGCAAGAAGGAGGGGAAAGAGUUGGAUGAAACUAUGGGCAGUGAACCCGCGGAGCGUGUUUCGUCACCGCAAACUAAGGGUAAGGCGAGGCGCAAGCUCUCCACUAAAGGUGCGAAGACUUCGAAAGCAGUACCGAAGAAGAGGGGGCGGCCCAAACGGAAGGCAAGCGCUCGUAGUCGAAAGGUCACGUGUACCGCAAGCGAGGACUCCUUAGACGACGAAGAAUGA